GUGAUCCCCUUUUACAGGAAACAGAGCAAAUUUAACACCGAGGCUGUGCUGAAGGCAGGUGAUUAUCCUGGUCAUUUCGUUGUUGGUGUGAUCGGACAACAAGGUCACGGUCAUAAAACGAACGGUAUCGAUCUGUAUGUCACAUCUGAACGGACGAUCCUUCUAGAUACAGAGCCUAUCAUGUGCUGGUCCGUUUUAGACAAGGCGCUGCGAAAUGGUUCCUUGGACGGUUUGCAUCCCGACAUUUGGCUGGAAAUGGAUGUAAGACGAAUCCGUGCCGAAAUGCUGAAAUUCGAUAUUCCUCAUUUCCCAUUGAUACCCCCGUCUGCUUUAGGUCAAUCCCAUCCAGAUACGAACGCUUAUCCCGAUAUCGUUUUUGUUGCCAAUCAAUGCCACGAUGACGACUUCACAUGGCAACACUAUGAAGGCGCACAGUCAGUGCUCAAGCAUUUAUUUGCCGACUCCCAACUAAGGACAAAAGGUAUAAAUACAGGCAAGAUAUUCACAAAAUCAUCCAUCAAUAAUCUUAAUCGCGUAACGGAUGUGGACAAUGGGUAUCCUCGGUCCUCCACGGCAUGCAGUGUGGAAUCAUAUGACGUAUUGAUAACUGCAUUGCGUGAUCAAGUGAUGGCCGCACCUAGGUUGACAGGCAAAAAAGGUCAAAUCUCGGAAAAAGAAUGGUUUCGCAACGCCAUGAAAUCGUACGAGUUGGCGAGAAAAUCCGAGUACAUCUCAGAAUAUCUGAAAAUUGUGAGGAAAUUGCGCGACGGUUAA